ACGUGACACGGUCCUAUGUCUGCAGUGCACAUCUGGAGGAGAAUCCUCGCGCUGUUACUCACUCUGAAGAGUAUACACGAGUAUAACUGCAACUUAAACAUGUCUUUCAUCAAAGUGCACGAAACUUCGGACUUUUCCUAUCACAACCUGCCUUACGGAGUUUUCUCCACGUCUGAUAAUCCCAGGCACCGAAUCGGUGUUGCCAUCGGAGAUCAAAUUUUGGACCUCAGUGUCGUAAUGCAUCUCUUUAAUGGACCGGCUCUGAAGACCCACCAAGAUGUUUUUGAACAGCCAACCCUCAAUGCUUUCAUGGCUCUGGGUUAUGAUGCUUGGAGAGAAGCGAGAAAGUCUCUGCAGACGUUGCUGGCUGCAAAUGAGUCAACGCUACGCGAUGACGUCAGUUUAAGAAGCAGGGCGUUUGUUCAUCAGAGUUCAGCUGUCAUGCAUCUCCCAGCUGAGAUCGGAGACUACACAGACUUUUACUCAUCAAAAGAUCAUGCCACCAAUGUUGGAAUCAUGUUCCGUGGAAAAGAGAACGCCUUAAUGCCCAACUGGUUAAGGUUACCAGUGGGGUAUCAUGGGAGAGCUUCAUCUGUGGUGGUGUCUGGAACACCAAUCAGAAGACCUCAAGGACAGAUGAGACCAGACCCAGCCCAGCCGCCUGUUUUCGGGCCAAGCAAACAGCUGGAUAUCGAGCUGGAAAUGGCAUUUUUUGUGGGAAAAGGCACCAAGCUUGGAGAGCCCAUCCCGUUGGAGAAGACCCAUGAGCACAUCUUCGGCAUGGUGUUAAUGAACGACUGGAGCGCUCGGGAUAUUCAGGCUUGGGAAUAUGUUCCAUUGGGUCCAUUUCUGGGCAAGAAUUUUGGAACCACCAUCUCGCCCUGGGUCGUUCCAUUGGAAGCACUGAUGCCGUUUGUCCAGGCCAAUCCAGUCCAGGACCCUGAGCCUCUGCCGUACUUACGCCAUGAUGACCCCUACACUUUCAAUAUCAACCUGUUUGUGGAGGUGAAAGGUGAAGGAAUGCGAGAUGCAGCCACCAUUUGUAAGUCAAAUUUCAAGUACAUGUAUUGGACAAUGAAGCAACAGCUGGCCCAUCACACGGUCAACGGAUGCAAUGUCAGACCAGGUGAUCUGCUGGCAUCAGGAACCAUCAGCGGACCGGAUCCAGACAGUUUCGGCUCUAUGCUAGAACUCUCGUGGAGAGGAUCCAAGACUAUUGACCUCGGCAAUGGAGGGAAAAGGACCUUCUUGAAGGAUGGAGAUGAGGUCACACUCACAGGUUAUUGUGAGGGCAGGGGCUAUCGAGUGGGCUUCGGUCGCUGUGAAGGGAAGAUCAUUCCUGCCCUACAACAGUGACAUAACUCUGGAUUACAGGAGAGAGAGAGAGACAUGACAAAAGUUAUCUACAGCCAUGAACACAUACAACAGUUUUAAACUUAAGUAUUCACCACAAGAUUUUGAAGUCUUUCAAAGCCAAACUUUAUGUCAGAACCCAUCAGCCCAGUGGCCUGACAUAUCCUGCAGAUUUACUUCCUGAUUAAUGCCGAAUUAACAUGUCUUGAAUUUGCUGAGACAAUCUUGUUUCUGAAGAUUUUCACAAUAAAGUUACUGAUUUCAUUUA